AUGCGAAACUUCAGCAAUAUAGCAACAACUAGAAAUGAGAACGAGAGAGUUGAAACGAGGACCAGGGAAACGAAACGAGAACCAGGGAAACGAAACCAGAACCAAAGAAACGAAACGAGAUCCAGGGAAACAAAACGAGAUCCAGGGAAACGAAGCGAAAACUACGGAAACAAAACGAGAUCCAAGGAAACGAAACAAGAACCAGGGAAACGAAACGAGAACCAGGGAAACGAAACAAGAACCAGGGAAACGAAACGAGAUCCAGGGAAACGAAGCGAAAACUACGGAAACAAAACGAGAUCCAGGGAGACGAAACGAGAUCCAGGGAAACGAAACGAGAUUCAAGAAAACGCGGUGAAAACCAGGGAAACAAAGCGAAAACUAUGGAAAGAAAACGAAAUUCAGGGAAACGAAACUAGAACCAGGGAAACGAAACUAGAACCAGGGAAACGAAAUACGAUCCAGGAAAACGAAGCGAAAAAUUAG